AUGGCUGAAUCCAUCUCAAUUGAAGAGACAAAUGCACUUCGUGAAAAAUUAGGGCUCCCUCCAUUGGCUAUUGAGGGCGACGCUGAAGAUCAAGUAGUAGACCCGGAUAAGGACGCUUAUGACAACUAUCAAAAGAUCAAACAAGAAAAGGAAAGACUUGCCAAAGAAGAAGAAAUCAGAAAGAAUAUUGAAAAGUCUAAGAAUCGCAAGAGAAACUAUGCCAAGUUGCAAGGCAAAGGUCUCGGUGAAGCCAGCGAUGAAGAGGAUGACAGUGCAUUGAACUGGAUUAAAAAGAGCAGAAAACGAGAGAAAGAUUUGGCGGCACGUAGAGCUCGAGAAUUGGAAGAAAUGGACGACUCGUAUCAAUCCUACGACGCAGCACAUCUGGCAGGUCUCAAAGUAAGCCAUGCUAUAUCUGAAUUCGAGGAAGGUGGCGAGACCAUCUUGACAUUGAAGGAUCGCAAUAUCCUCGGUGAAGAUGAUGACGAUGCCGACGAGCUCAGUAAUGUCAAUUUGGAGGAUCGUGAACGCUUAAAGAAGAACUUAGAGGCUAAAAAACAAAAGCCUGGCUACAAUCCUUACGACGAUGAUCAGUUCAACGGCAAGAAGUCCAGCAUUCUACCUCAAUACGAAGAAGACGAUGAAGAGGGUGGUUUUGUUAUUGGUAAAUCCGGCACUGUUAAGCGAGCUGUGGAGGAGGCAGAUGAGAAAACAGUGGCCCAAAAGUUGAAGGAACAGACGUUAUCCUACGAAAAGAUGCAGGAAAUCAAAGAUUACUAUACCCAAGAAGAAGCAGAUGCAACAUUCAAGAAACCCAAGUCAAAGAAGAAGAAGAAGAUGAGAAGAAAGAACAAGGACGAAGACGAUCUCAACGUAUCAACCACUGCCGCGACUGCUGCUGCUACUGCUGCUGCUGUUGCCACAGAAGUGCCAGUUUCGCAACCUAGAUCUCGCACAAUAGACCCUGAUGCCAAUUUUGUGGAUGACGACGAUCUUCAAGAAUCUCUUGCUAGAGCCAGAAGAAUCGCUAAUAAGCAAAAGAACAAGUUGUUCAAGAAGAUGACUCCCGAAGAGAUCGCAAAGCAGAUUCGAGAGGAGCAGAAUGACCAAAUGAAGGAGGAAUACAAUGAUGAGGGUGGAUUGGUGUUAUCCGAAGCGACUGAAUUUGUCAAUGCGCUGGGCAACAAUAUGCCAACAUUCGAAACAAAGGAGCCAGCACCCAAACCACAACAACAGCAACAUCAUCAUGAAGUGCAAGUCAAAGUGGAGCCUGAUACCGAGUACGAGGUCCAUACUGUCGACGAUACGCCUAGCAGAGAUGUCAAGAUGGAAGAAGUAGAAGAUCAAGAUACUGCCAUGGCAGAACCCGAGAAAGAGGAGGAACACGUCAAAGAAGAGGGACACGUCAAAGAGGAGGUCAAGGCAGAAGUCAUUGUGGAGGAGCCCUUGGUGAGUCGUGGUCUUGCUGCUACACUGAAUUUGCUGAAUCAAAAGGGUAUUAUUGCUAAGCCCACAGAAGAACAAAUCAGACGUGAUAAAAUUGCUGCAGAACAAAUCAGAUGGCAGAACGAGCAGAGAAAGAAGGAACGACUUCGCGAAUUGGAAGAGAAGCGUGAAAAAGAGCGUCGCAGAGGCUAUGACAGAAGAAGCGGCAGAGACAACAACAGCGACCGUCAGCGUGAAAUGGAGCGUGAGAGAGAAAGAGAGCGUGAAAGAGAAGAGGCCCAAAGAAUGCGUGAAUACGAAUUGGCCAUGCAAAACUACAAGCCUGAAGUCAACUUGGAGUACACGGAUGAUACCGGUCGCGUCAUGAAGACAGCUGAAGCCUUUAGAUACAUGUCUCACAAGUUCCAUGGCAAGACAUCUGGCAAGACCAAGACGGAAAAGAGAAUGCAAAAGAUCGAAGAAGAACGUAAACUCAACAUGAUGAGUAGCACCGAUACACCUCACAAUUUGGCAGGCGCUUUAUUGGAAAGACAACAACGCACAGGUAAUGCACAUGUUGUUUUGAGUGUAGGUAACAGAGGCGUUGUGCCUUCAUCAACACCAUUAGCAAAAUCAUCCAAAUCAAAUAAAAAAUAG